GUGGUGGUGGUGUGUUUCCCCUUGGCUGACGAAUGUGAUGCAUCCAUGGUUGUCUGGCAGAUUCCCCGCUCCUAGACCGGAUGCCGUCCCAACUCCCACUGGACAGCACUGCCGACUGCGGUGAACCACUUCCCCCAGACUUUGGGGAGGCUGAUGACGGGUUCAAGCAGACCAUAAUCCACGGCGUUGUGUCGUGGUCAACCCGGUCGGCCGUGUUGAUAUCAAUGUCUCUGCUCUCAGACCACUGCCGAUGUCGUUGUGUCAACCUCCGGCAGCCAUGGGAAGCCAGGGCAGUUGCUUCCGAGGGGGGGGCUGGAGGGAAGAAGUUGGUAAACAAGCUCAGCUCAAGCCAUCCGCCGUGAGCUUAGGUUGUGCUCAAAUGCAGGGGCACACUGCUGUGCCCUCCACCAACGCUGGCCCCAGAGCAACCAAUGCAGGCACCGAUUGUCGACUGGACGAUCGGGGGUCACAUCGUUUGGGGAAGGGGGAGGCCCUCCAUGGCCUCGUCCGUCGCGUCGUCCGGCACCUCUACUCACGAGCUGACGCAAGGGCCGGAAGACGCCACUCAGGGGUACUGUUCUUCCCUCUUUGUCUUUUCCCCCUCCAGGACAGGCUGCUCUGCAUGUCUCUCUCCGUCAUGCAGUCGGUUUUUCUUGUCUGUUGGGGCCAUGGAUCAGCUUAAUAUGGAAGUUGAUUGCCAGGCACACCUUAUAUUCUUUAGCCGCCAAGCUCCCACAUGCAAAGGGUACCUUGUUGGCCUUGUUUAUCUCACCAAACCAGGUGGCAUACAUGAUGUACACCACACUACACAGCAAGACCACAGUCGCCACCCUUCUCACUCUGGCUGCCCAUGUGGCGGCCCACGGAGAUGAAUAUCACGACGAGGCACCUUCGUUCUCUCUCGGUGGCCCCGUUGACAACCCGUUCGUGGGCAAGUGGACCACCAGCACCGUCUGGGCGACCACCACCCGCACCAUCACCUCUUGCCCACCAGUCAACCCCGACUGCCCGGCUCACUCGACGGUUCUCACCACUGUUACCAUUCCUGUCAGCACAACCAUCUGCCCCGUGACGGAGACCGAGGCUCCUCCCCCUCCUCCACCUCCCACGACCGUGGUGCCCCCUCCUCCUCCACCUCCCCCAUCGACAGUCACGGCUACCACGCCCACACACGCCCCUCCUCCCCCCCCUCCUCCCCCGCCCCCGCCUCCUCCGGUGACCGAGACCCCGGCCCCUCCCCCACCGCCUCCUCCUCCGGUCACCGAAACCCCAGCUCCUCCCCCUCCUCCUCCUCCCCCGGUCACCACCCCGGCCCCUCCUCCUCCUACCACCAUCGGAACCAUCAUCCCGCCUCCUAUCACAACCACAACCGGAAGGCCAGUUACCGCCGGAGCUGCAACCAUGCAGAAGGCAGGCGGAGCCCUGGCUGUCAUCGCCGUCGCCGCUGCCCUCCUUUAA